AUGGACUGUCCAAUGAUGAUUUUAUUGGGAUCUCACCUCGUGCGCCUCCUGCCUGCGCGCUUCUGGGACGGGGUGUAUCAGCCAAUCCAAGAGCCGCAGCUGCCCAAUCCACGGGCCCUCAGCCGACUGCUCAGCCAGGGGCCAUCGGGGCUACCCUCCACACGAAAUCAAACCGUGCUUUCCUUGUUUUUUGGUAAUUACCGCCAUUUUAGAAUUCUUGGUGAAGGUGCCCAGUUUGUGGCACCUAACCCACUCACAUUGACCAGCAUGAAGACAUGCCAAAAGGGAAGGGUUGAUGAGCUAAUUAUGGGCAUGGCUUCACAGAUUUCAGAGAGAGAAGACAAUAUUAUAGUUGAAGAUCUCAUUGAGCAGACCAGCCGGUACUUUAAGGGGCUAAGGAACUCUACUUUUGAUUGUUGGCCUAUCUUGGAUUUGCCCACUUACACAGAGGUCAGAAAGGCUUUUGAUCUGCCACAUUUAAAAACCAUUGAAGAUAUAAAUCCAGAGCUCAACCGCACCAACCCACAGUUACUAAAAGACAUUGCUGAGCUUUAUAAUGAAGAUAUUUCAAAACUCGAGCUUUUUGUUGGAGGGUUGCUGGAGUCUGUAAACGGUCCUGGUCCAGUUUUCUCUGCCAUAAUUCUCGACCAGUUUGAACGAAUCCGAAAUGGAGACCGCUUCUGGUUUGAAAAUAAACAAAAUGGUUUGUUUACAGAUGAAGAGAUUCAGAUCAUCCGCAACACAACAUUUCAUGAUGUCAUUAUUGCAGUCACAAGCGCUGGCUCCACAGAUAUACAAGAAAAUGUGUUUUUCUGGACAAAUGGUGACCCUUGUCCUCAGCCUACACAGCUAACUGAUUCAGCACUCCAGCCCUGCACUAAUGCUACCAAACUUAAUUACUUUGAUGGAGGCAAAGCAGGGUUUAUAAUAUUUAUCAUUGUGCUUAUUCUCUUUCCUUUUGUUAGUUUGCUUGUUGCGUGGUUGGUGGCAAUAAUGAAGAAAAACAAAUAUAAUAAGCUUCAGAGAGGAAGAACUUCUGUUAAUAGGACAGAUGAGCCCACAGUUGGAAUCCCAGCUUUUGAGUGGCAAGGCAAUAAGAAACAUCUCCAUCCCGUCAGUGUGGAGUUUGACGAAAAGAGUCGAGUUCAUGUUUUUGACAAGGCCGGAGCCACUCUCCGGACACUGUAUGUGGGAAACCAGGACUGUCCAGAUAUCAUUUUAUCCAGUGACUGUCAGCGGAAAGCCCUGCUUCUCAAAGUGCCCAAGGAGUAUGAUCUGGUGCUAUUUUUUGAUGAUGAGAAUAUGCGCUCCUCAUUUGUCAACAAUCUAUGCCCAGAAUCUCUUGAGGGCGCAGACAUUGGGCAGAAGGUGAUGAUGAGAGAAAUGAGAGAGAGAGACCUGCUAAAAGAAGCUUUGACCAAAGAGCAACGGGAGCGAAUAGUGGAAACAUUCAUAAGACAGGCUUUCUCCAAGGUUUUGGAGAUAGACCGGAGUGAGGCUGGAGACAUGAGUGGUGUGUCUCAUCAAAAGGCCAAAGAGGUGCUGCAGUGUGAGCUCACCGCCUCAGAGUUUGCAGAAGCCCUCGGCCUCAAACCAGACUCCCUGUUUGUGGAGUCCAUGUUCACAUUAGCCGAUAAAGAUGGGAAUGGUUACCUCUCUUUUCAGGAGUUUCUUGAUGUCAUUGUUAUUUUUAUGAAAGGUUCCUCCGAGGAAAAAUCCAAGCUAAUGUUUGCCAUGAAUGACAUUGAUAGAAAUGGUUACUUAUCAAAGGACGAGUUUGUCAGGAUGCUAAGAUCCUUUUUUGAAAUCUCUAAUGGGGCUUUGUCUAAGACCCAGGCUGAUGAUGGCAUUAAAGCUCUGAUGCAGGCAGGAGGAUUUGAAAACAAGGAGAAAAUCACAUGGCAGGACUUCCACUUCCUUCUACAAGACCAUGAGAAGGAGCUGCAGUUUGCCCAGAUUAAUGUUAAAGGGAUGGAGAAACAAGGCAGAAAACGCUUCAGCCGAGACCAAAGAGUGUCCUUCAUUUGCCCUGCCGAUAGCAGUCCAAAGUCAGAGGGAUCAGAAUUACGAAGGAGAAAACUGCUUCAUGUUAAAACUCCAAACGUUUAUGUGAAACCAAAGCGUGAGCAGUACAUAAAGAACCCGGCCCAACAGAAGGUGCAGCAGUUCAAACGCUUCAUUGAAAACUACAGACGCCAUAUUGUCUGCUUCCUGUUUGUGUACGGCAUUACAGCUGGGGUGACUAUAGAGAGAUGUUACUACUAUGGGAUCCGUGCUGAAGCUACAGGAAUGCCUGAAGUGUCUGCAGUAGGGGUCAUUGUGGCUCGUGGUUCGGCAGCUGCUAUCUCCUUCCUGUUUCCAUACAUGCUUCUCACCGUGUGCCGAAACCUCAUCACCAUGUGCAGAGAAACCUUCCUCAACCGCUACAUCCCAUUCGACGCCGCUAUUGAUUUUCACCGAUUUAUGGCAAUGACUGCUAUUGUCCUGUCAGUUGUCCACACUCUGGGACAUAUUAUCAAUAUCUACGUGUUCUCCGUCAGUAAUCUCAGCAUCCUGUCCUGUCUUUUCCCAAGAGUCUUCAACAACAAUGGGUCAGAACUUCCUCCCAAAUGGUCAUGGUGGUUUUUUGAAACAGUUCCAGGAAUAACUGGUAUUCUACUCCUCAUUGUAUUUUCAAUCAUGUAUGUCUUUGCCUCACACUACUUUCGACGCAUCAGUUUUCGUGGAUUUUGGAUUACGCAUUAUCUUUAUGUUAUUGUGUACAUUCUGACAGUGGUUCAUGGCAGUUUUGCUUUGCUCCAAGAGCCACGAUUCCACAUCUUCCUGAUCCCCCCUGCGCUGCUGUUUUUGCUGGACAAACUCAUCAGUCUGAACAGGAAGAAAGUGGAGAUUCCAGUAAUUAGAGCUGAGCUACUGCCCUCAGGUGUGACACAUCUAGAGUUCAAAAAGCCACAGGGCUUUGUGUACCGCUCGGGCCAGUGGGUCCGUGUGGCCUGCCUGAUGCUGGGCACAGAUGAGUACCACCCCUUCACUCUGACGUCAGCCCCCCACGAGGAAACCCUGAGCCUGCACAUCCGCGCUGUAGGGCCAUGGACCAGUCGCCUUCGGGAGAUCUACACCGAGGAGAGCCUGCUGGAAUUUGGAGCCUAUCCAAAGCUUUACCUGGAUGGACCGUUUGGUGAAGGCCAUCAGGAGUGGGUGGACUUUGAGGUGUCUGUUCUGGUCGGAGGAGGAAUUGGAGUCACACCAUUUGCUUCAAUCCUCAAAGACCUUGUUUUCAAGUCCUCCAUCAAGUCCAAGUUUCUGUGUAAAAAGGUGUACUUUAUCUGGGUGACCCGUACUCAGCGUCAGUUUGAGUGGGUGUCGGACAUCAUAAGAGAGGUGGAGGAGCUGGACACUCAGGAGCUGGUCUCCGUGCACACGUACAUCACUCAAGUGGCAGAGAAGUUUGACCUUCGCACAACCAUGCUGUAUGUGUGUGAGCGGCACUUUCAGAAGGUGUGGAACCGCAGCCUGUUCACGGGCCUGCGCUCCGUCACCCACUUUGGACGACCUCCUUUUGUGUCCUUCUUCAGCUCCCUGCAGGAAGUUCACCCUGAGGUGGCAAAGAUCGGCGUGUUCAGCUGUGGACCUCCAGGACUGACCAAAAACGUGGAAAAAGCCUGUCAGCAAAUGAAUAAAAGAGACCAAGCCCACUUUGUACAUCACUAUGAGAACUUUUAAUUCA